AUGGGUCGUCAACUUAAGUUCCAUGAGCAAAAGCUCUUGAAGAAAGUGGAUUUACUUGAAUGGAAGAAGGAAAAUAAUUUACGUGAGAUUCAAGUCAUUCGUCGGUAUCGGAUUCCUGAUCGGGAACAAUAUCACAAAUAUAAUCGAUUAGUAGGUCACCUCACUCGUCUUGUUGCUCGUCUUAAGAAACGUCCAGCCAAUGACCCGUAUCGGAUCAAAACAACCAAUGCAUUAUUGGAGAAAUUAUACCACAUGGGACUUAUUCAGACCACGAAAAGUCUACUAAAAGCUGAAGAAGUUAAUGUCUCGGCGUUUUGUCGUCGUCGGCUACCAGUCGUGAUGGUGCGUGUUAAAAUGGCUGAAAGUAUUAAAGAAGCCACAACAUUUGUGGAGCAAGGACAUGUUCGUGUGGGUCCUACUGUUAUCACUGAUCCGGCAUUUUUAGUUACACGUCCAAUGGAGGACUUUGUCACGUGGGUCGAUAGCUCCAAGAUCAAAAGGACCAUCAUGAAAUAUAACGACAAAUUGGACGACUACGACUUGCUGGGCAAUUAA